CCGACGAUUCUUCCUCACAUCACAAUCAACAUUACACAAGCGCCUUUGUUCGCAGGCCAGUUGCUCAAUCGGAUCAUGGCGUCGAAUCUUCACGAGGCCGUGGUCCCGCCGACCGUAGCCGCGAACUUGAACCGUAUUGACACGGGCCCACCGUUAGGGGAUUUCCAGAAGCUGCCGGAUGAAACAAUACUAUGCGUGAUGAAGUAUUUGGACAUACAGUCGUUGUGCCGAUGCGCUCAAGUGAACAGGCACUUCAACAGGCUCGCAUCGGAUUCCAUUCUGUAUCGCAGCAUCGAUCUUCGGCCAUAUUGGCAUUGUGUGCAGUCACAGGUAACAUUGUUUCACAGUUUGCUACGAGACAGUGGGGCGGAAUUAACACAUCUUAGGAUGAAUUGCUGCAAAUUCGUUGAUAACUCGGUGCUAAGAGCUAUUAUUGACACUUCUACUAGUUUACAAGAACUCUGUCUGCGGUCUGUCGUUGGCUGUACAGACUGGAUGUGCCUCUCUGCCUUGAAGAAGCUGAAACGCCUGGAUCUAUACAGAACUAAUAUAACAACUUCUGCAGCGGUGGCUAUUAUCAGAUCUAAUCCGGGGCUGCAGCAUCUUAAUGUUGGUUCAUGCAAAAUGAUAUCAGCAAUGGACGAAGUGGCGAUGGAGUUAGGUGCAAAUUGCCCUGACCUGAUUUCAGUUGACUUCUGGAAGUCGUACUCGCUAACUCCGAACGGAAUCAGGGCGCUUGGAAACUGCAGGAAUUUGCAGGAACUGGAUGUUGGCUGGUGCCUCCAAGCGGGCGGUUCAGGCGAAUGGCUAGCGUGGUUAUCAGGCGGAGAACUUCGCAAACUAUUCCUUGGGGCACUCCGUGGCGUGUGCGAUAGAGACUUGCGAGCGUUGCUGCCGAAAGCACCCAGGCUGGCCCAGCUAGACUUGCUCGGCGUUAGAGCGGUCACUCCGGACAUCUGUGACGCGAUCUUAGCUGAAUGUCGAGAGCUGCGGCUAUUGGAUGUCAGCUUCUGCGAUCAAAUACACGAAUCUCAGGUUCUGGAAUGGCGUGAGCAAUAUCCCCACGUUAGCAUCAAACGAUCUUUCCAAUCUGCUAACCUGAACACAGCGCCCAAUCCGCUAUUCUUGGCCCCUAGCUUAGAGUGAACGUAAGUGGUUGAAGUUUAUAUUAAGUGAGAACUGUAGGUUACAAGGAAAUUCUAUUUCACCUAUACCUUGACAUGAAACUCUUGUUAGUAUAAAUAACAUUGAGCUAAGACACUAAGGCUGGGUUGCACCAUCUUACUUUAACUUUGACAAACGCCAAAAAUCUGUCAAACUCCAUACAAAAAACACCGGCUAUUGUUAUAGUUACGGAAAUAAUAUAGUUAGUUGGUGCAACUCAGCCUAACAAGCUAUCAAAUACGUCUACA